AUGAAAUUAGACCUAAAUUACCUUGCUUUAGAACAUCUUUUUCGUUUCCAGUGUUUCGUGACGGGCGCGGUAUGUUGCAACAUAAUUGGACACGGCUGUGCUCUGGCCUUCCCUGGUAUUCUUCUACCUCAGCUUCAACAGCCGAAUAGCAGCAUCACACUCUCCGAAUCUGCUGGCUCAUGGCUAGCGUCUAUAAAUGGUUUGAUGCUGCUGUUGGGCAGUUUCAUCAUCCCAUCCAUCAUGUCGAACUAUGGGCGUAAGAAGGCCCACAUAACACUUACCAUACCAGCAUUAAUAGGAUGGUUUGUUACCAUCUACGCCAACAGUUUUGAGGUGCUAUUAAUUGGUAGGAUAUUACAAGGCAUAUCAUUCGGUAUGCUGUGUCAACUGAGGUCCAUACUUAUUGCUGAGUACACCAGUCCAAAGAAUAGAGGAGCAUUCCUCACUUUGGUCUCGCUAGCGCAAGCCUUCGGACUGUUCUUCGUUCAUCUAAUGGGAUCUCUUCUCAGCUGGCAACAAACUGCGGUGAUCUGCGUCUUCUUUCACUUUUUCAGCUUGAUCAUGACAAUCUACUCCCCAGAAUCUCCAAUUUGGUUAGCAUCUCAUGGAAAAUAUGAUAAAUGCAGAACAGUCUACCGAUGGCUGAGAGGUCAUGACGAAGAAGAGGAAUUAGAACAGAUGAUUAAUUUACAAAUACUAAUUGAGAAAGCUGAAAUUGGUAAAACAGUAAAGAAACACAAUUAUAUUAAAGAUUCAAUAGCUACAAUACAAAAGAGAGAAUUCUACAUUCCGAUAACAAUAAUGCUGCAUGCGUUCUGCAUGAUACACUUCUCUGGUGGGACCACGAUGGCAGCGUACUCCACAAAGAUAAUAGCUUUAAUAAUGGGCCCAGAUGUAAACGCUCACUUCUGGAUGGUACAACUGGACUCUUUUAGACUAAUCCUAAACGCAUUAGCUGUGUACGUAAUAAAUAAAGUGAAGAGACGAACCAUGUUGUUUUCAGUAGGAACUGUAUCUGUGCUAUCACAUUUGGCAAUUGCUGGUUACGCAUACUUGAAAACGCACGGUCUACUAUCAUAUGAUGCACAAUGGAUACCCGUUCUAUUAUUGAAUAUUAAAUUUUCCGCGGUAGCAGUGGCCAUGGUGCCUCUACCAAAUGUGAUAGCUGGUGAAGUGUUCCCAUUAGAGUAUAAAGGCAUCAGUGGAACAGUUAGUAAUUGGUCGUUAUCUGGAUUCAUGUUUGUCGUUUUAAAAACAUUUCCAUCAUUAACCGAAAGUGUUGGGAUACACGGAACGUAUUUCAUAUAUGCUGGAAUUAUUGCUUACAACUUAAUUAUAAUGUGGUUUAUACUACCGGAAACUAGAGGGAAAACGUUGCAGAAAAUAGAGGAAGAAUUAAGAGGUAGACCUUUAAUCGAACUUGAUGUAGAAGGUAGAAAAUCAUUAGAUGUAGAUACAGAAUCAUGUAAAAUAAAAGAGUCUCCAAGGAGAUCUAGUAGUCCUUUAAUAAGUUAGUUAAGUUCAUAAACAAAACGUGAUAUAAUACGUAACUCAUGAUAUUAAGGUAAUUUAGAAUAAUAUUGAGAUAUUUUUCAAGAUCGUAAUGUUUAUAUUGUAGAUAUAUUUGUAAUUUAUGUAAAGUAUGACAUGUAAUUAAUAAAAGAAGCAAUUGGAAGUUUUGAACAAUGUGACAACAAUGAUAGAGGGAUAUUAGCAAUAGUCGAAAGGAGUAGAUUUGAAUAGAAGACUUCCCAAAUUCCAGUGCUUGAAGCUCUUACCCAGAGUGCCAUUGGAAAACAUGGACCUGAGAAUUAGUUUAAAGGUUAAUUAUAAUAUGUGAUCAAUACAGUGAACAUUAAGCUGCUUGAUAUACUAGUACAUUGAAAAAUAAACGCUCAACCAUUAGUACAUAGAAAAUAUGCUCAUAAUCGUAAAUAUGAUCUCCAACAGUUAAAUUUAGUUAAUAACUUUAUAUGAACAUUUGAAACAUUGCGAUCAAACUUGAUUUGUAAUAAUAUACACCAAACGCAGAAAAUGUAUUUUCUCAAAAGA